AUGGCGCGCUGGGUUCUAGUACUUGCGCUGAUCGAGGAGUGGUGGGCGCCUGCACAGCUCGUGGCGCGGUGGGCGCCCGUGCAGUUCGAGCUGCAUUGUGCAGUCCUGGGGCGCUGCUCGUUCCACGGCUGCUUUGUGUCUUCCUGUGGAAAUGACGAAUACAUUUACAUAGUUGAUGGUUUAAAGGUCCUGAUUGAAUAUAAAAGAGAGUCUCUGCCAUUGGCUGUGUAUACGGACAGUGGCUACUUUAAUUUAGAAUGUCCGGAAGGUUUAACGCUCGAUAAUUCAGCAUUACCUAGUUUCAAAUCGCAAUUACGCGUAAACAAGGUACGCUUCAAACAUUGCCCGCCGCCACAAAGCUCGUACGCCGACGUGCUUGAGAGAUUCAACGUGGUGGUGCUCGACAGCCUGGUUCUGACUCAAGCCGGCAAUCUUACGGCCAUCCACUUCGCACAGCUCCAGCAUCUGCCUAGACUGGAGCUACUAACGGCGGCGCUGGCACCCGGGGCACUGUCAGCGCUGUCCCAGCUACGAUUCUUGCAGCUGGAUAGGGUGCGCACAGCGCCUAGCGAGCUACGCCGCUUACCAGCCUCGCUGGAGACGCUCAGCCUCACUCGCAUGGGUAUGAACGUGACCGCCGCGGACCUGGCCGCGCUGCCACGCCUAGCCGACCUACUUGUUCGCGACUCCGCCAACGUGCACGUGGAGGCAGGCGGUGCGCUACGCGUAUUGGUACUGGAACUGCCGUCGGCGUUGCUUGUGCGCGAGCUUCCGCCAACGCUGCGCAAGCUGAUGGCAGCUGGCUGGAGCGAGACGCACCCGACGCCGUGGUUGCAGUGCGCGUUGAAGGUAUUGGACUUGCGUGACGUAGCAGCCGAGGAGCUUCCGACAGGUUGGCUGGCGCGCUGUGCGGCGCUGCGGUCGCUGCACGUGAUCACGGCGGCACGGCUUUCACGGCUGGAGCCGGGCGUGUUACGCGGCGCAGUAUUGCUGCGGGAGCUGCGCGUAGUGCGCACGGCGCUGCAGUACCUGCCGCCGGGGUUGCUGGACGACGUGCCGCAACUAAAGUUGCUGGACUUGUCCUCGAAUCAUCUGCUAGAAUUACCGGGGAUCUUAUUCGCGAAGACUAAUUCACUUGAGUCGCUGAAUCUGUCCUGGAAUCGGUUCACACAGAAUGUGUUGUCGUCACUGUCGACCAUCACGUCCCUCGUUUGCUUGGACCUCAGCUACAACAAUCUCAACGACUUCUGCAGCAGGAAAUCUAAGGCAGUGCCAGGAUCAUCACCACUACAAUAUUUGAAGCAGUUAAGGAGUCUCAAAUUGGCAAAUACGAGCAUCAGUAUGAUCUGUCGCGAUUGGCGGGAAAACAUGACGAACCUGGAAACCAUCGACCUCACGCACAACUUGUUCGAGUAUAUCACUUUCGCAGACAUGCAGUUCUAUGGGCGCGUCGACGUGGACCUACAGCGCAACAACGUCAGCACGCUGCACUACACGCGCCACGACUACGAGCGCGCCGUGAGCCCUCACGAGCCGCCGUUGCUGACGCGCCUGCAUCUCUCCAGCGUCCUCCGCUGUGACUGCCACGUGUAUUGGGCCGCGCGCGCCUUCCACGAGCGCCCCGCGCAUGCGCCACUUGAACCCCGCUGUUUGGGUGGUGGGCUGCUAGGAAGUAUGCUGGAUGCGCUGCAGUGCACGGGCGCACCGCCGGGCGUGAGCUGUGAUGCGCCGUGCGCGUGCGCGUGGCGGCCGGGCAACCGCACCGUGCUGCGUGUGCGGUGCGAGGCGGUGGGGCUGCGCUCGGUGCGUGUGGCAGUGGCGGCGGUGCGGGUGCCGCGCGGGCUGACCGUGGACUGGGAGCUGUACCUCGCUCACAACCACAUCGACCACGUCGUGCUGGAAGACAUGCCGCACAAUCUCACGGCAACCCGCUCGCCUGCGACUGCAACGCCGCCGACACACUCGCCGUGCUCCCUGGACACCGCCUGCACGCACUGGUGGGCGCCGGCGCUGGGCGCGGCGGCCGCGCUGGCCACGCUGCUGCUAUGCGCGCUGCUGUUCGCUGCGCUGUGGCGCCAACCGGGGUUGCGUCUGCGCCUGAAGGUGAUGCGGCAACGCCGCGGAUGGCUGCCUGAGCUGGAGGACGAUGCGCGCUGCUUCGACGUGUUCGUAUCAUUCUCGCACGGCGACGAGCAGUUCGUGCGUUCGCAACUGGUGGCACGGCUGGAGAGUGGCCCGACGCCCUACCGCCUCUGUCUGCACUACCGCGACUGGGCACCGGGUGGCUGGAUCCCAGCGCAGAUAGCGGCUUCGGUCCGUGCCUCGCGCCGGACCGUGGCCGUCGUCUCCGAGCACUUCUUGCGCUCCAGUUGGGCACGCGCCGAGUUCCAAGAGGCGCACGCGCUGGCACUGCGUGACGCGCGACCUCGGCUGGUGGUGGUGUUAAUGGAAGAACCUAGCAAGCUGCCGCUGGACGACCGACUGCGGCGCUACCUCGCCACUAACACCUACGUGCGCUGGGGGGACCCGUGGUUUUGGGAGAAACUGUACCUGGCGCUGCCGUGCGGACGCGAACCAGCGCCCCCUAGUGCCUGCAGCGCCUUGUCACCCGCCACGACGGACGCGUCAGGCGCGUCGCCCGCGCUGAGCAAGUCGUCGGUUGCGUUGAACGGCGAUGAUUCCACGCUGGUGCCGCAGACUCCGGCUCGGGGUUCGACUUCCUGCAGCUCUGCGCUCCCAGUCUGCAACCGUCUUGCUGUGCAAAUAUUUUAA